CUUGUUCAUACUACCGAAAGCCUUCGGAAUGCUAAGUUAAGUGUUAGCAAAAAUGAGAAGGAGAAUAAGAAUUUUGACUCUGUGGUAGAACCAUAUAAGGCAGAGAAUGCAAGACUUGUCAGGGAAAACAAUGAGCUGCACUUGGACCUCCUGAGGAUCAAAGAGGAAUCAGACCGACACAUUAAAGACUUGAAAGCUUCUCUAAGAAAACUUGAACACCAGACAGCUGACCUGAAAUUUUUAAAUAACCAGUAUGUCCAUAAGAUCCGGUCAAUGGAAAAGGAGAGUAAAGCUAAAACAGAACGGAUUCAGCAGCUGCAAGAAAAGAACCUUCAAGCUGUAGUACAAACACCAGGUGGAAAAAAGAGAAACAUUCCAUUUAGGCGUCAGCGCAUGCAGAUUGACCAACCCGUCCCACCAUCUGGAAUGAACAGCCACCCUGUACCUCAGCCAGAAGAUCCAUAUGUUGCUGAUCUGCUGCAAGUUGCCGAUGAUAGAAUUCGGGAACUUCAGCAGGACACGGCCUCUUUACAAGAAAAGCUGGACACCUCUGAAAAAGCAGUUAACCAACUCACGCAGAAGGUUGAAUUAAGAGACAAAGAAGUAGAGCGGUUGGCAUUAGCACUGGAUGGAGGACGAUCGCAUGAUGUAAUUUCUCUGGAAUCUAGAUACAGAAGUAAUGAGAAACAUGUGGCCCAUCUAAACCUUCAGAUUGAGUACCUCCAG